AUGGAAUAUGCUCUUAAGAACUCAUGCAAUUAUGUUUCUUGGUAUUUUCUAGUUUACCUUUUGCUUCUUACUCCCCAUGCUGAAGAAUAUCCUCCCUUGACGGAAGAAGUUGUCUCAGCUCAUCUUUCCAUUCACAACCCUCGGCAGAUUGUUAACCCGUUUAGUAAAGGAAUUUCCAUGACUGUUAAAACAGCUCAAACCUUACGACUUAAAAAGGUUGUUCAAAAACUACUUCCCCCACCUUAUGAUACAAACUGCCAAGACUACAUUGAAAUGUGGAAACAAAGAGGUGGACAUGGUCCAAUUAAUCAAAACGAAUGUUUUGAGGAAUGCUUGAAAAACGUCAGCAUGCAGGUUCGUGGAUGUAUUCCUCGUUUCUACCAAAUGCCAGGAAAUGAAAGACGGUGCAUUAUGAAAGAGCAAGAAAUGGAUUUACCAGAAGAUGAAAUUACAAAAUGUGAAAAAGAACAUUGUCAUCCUGCAUGUUUCGAAGAGACUUUUGAAGUUGCAAGACAAAUAACGGAGAAGUAUUCUGAGACUGGUUGCGGAUAUGCAUCUGGUCCUACUCAAAACAUCCAUGUUGCUAUCUACUUGAACGGAAUGGAAACAGUAACGUAUUCAUAUUCCCCUAAAUUUGAGGUGAUAGAAACUUUCAGUUAUAUUGGUGGGUAUGUUGGAAUUUGGCUUGGGAUUUCCUUGAUUGCAGUAUUUGAUUUCUUAGAGACAGUCGUCCUUAUCUUGAGCUAUCCUUUCAAGAAUUACAUGAAAGCAAGGAAAAGGAAUGGAAGAACAAAGAGAAUAAAAAACCUUGCAAGAGAUUUGUAAACAAGUUUAACGUCAGCAACGAUUCACAUACAGCUUUGUUUGGAUUAAUGCAAAUUUAAUUCAAAAUAUACAUAUGAAAUGAUAUAGAGAUGUAUUCUGUAGCUUCAGAACAUUUUUGGAACUUUGUGCAAAUAAUUCACUGUAUGUAUUUCAGUUCUGUAUUGUUAGAGCGCAUGCGUAUUCUUACCAUCUUUUCACUUGUUUGUUUUCUUUCUAUAAAGCAAUGAAGACUUUAAAAUUCUAUCAUUAUAAAAGUGUAGAAGAUAUACCACUUCGCCAAUGCUUCAUAAAAAAAUCUAACCUACAAGUGGAUUCAUUUUAUGUCAGAAAAAUACAAUUUUCUUUAUACGUUGAAA